GGUCAAGUCCCAGCAGGCCUCUCGCGCUACCUUCCCCUCUCUUUCUCGGCGCUGCCUACGGAGGUGGCAGCCAUCUCCUAUUCGGCACCAUGGCUGCCCUCAGACCCCUCGUGAAACCCAAGAUUGUCAAAAAGAGGACCAAGAAGUUCAUCCGGCACCAGUCAGACCGAUAUGUCAAAAUUAAGCGUAACUGGCGGAAACCCAGAGGCAUUGACAAUAGGGUGCGCAGAAGAUUCAAGGGCCAGAUCUUGAUGCCCAACAUCGGUUAUGGGAGCAACAAGAAAACAAAGCACAUGCUGCCCAGUGGCUUUCGGAAGUUUCUGGUCCACAAUGUCAAGGAGCUUGAAGUGCUGCUGAUGUGCAACAAAUCUUACUGUGCUGAGAUUGCUCACAACGUCUCCUCAAAGAACCGCAAAGCCAUUGUGGAAAGAGCAGCCCAGCUGGCCAUCAGAGUCACCAAUCCCAAUGCCAGACUGCGCAGCGAAGAAAAUGAAUAGACAGAUUGUGUACACAUUGUAUUUGUGUUAAUAAAACUAUAAAAUUCUGCCAUC